AAAUUACUAUAAAAGCUGACUACGUCCAAGUAAUAGCAUCUAUACACCCAAGUCUCUUUUUCUGAAGAGGGGCAGAUACAUCACAUCGAAGACAACGCUCCAUCAGCGAAGACAAUGGUCUACAAAGUCUGCAAGGGUGGAGUGAGGUCUGGGAACACCCUCCGUGGCCUCCACACCCUCAAAUCUAACAGAUACGGACGCCAUGCCUGCCUCAUCGGCAGUUCCAGCAUGACAAGCCGUGACGUCACCAAAAUGGUGACAUCAAGCACAGACGAUGCCAUGGUUACAGAAACCGUCCAAAGUACUGACGUCAUUUUGUCCCUCAACAAGAAGCAGAGAUGGCAACUUCCAGCUACAAUGCGUCACAUGAUUAGAAAUGGCUACUUCGGUCGAGGUGCUAUGGUAUCUGUCCUGGAAAGACACAAGCUCAAGAGAAGAGCCAACUGUGUCAGUUUUGUCAGCAACAAGGGCAAAGUCACCUCAGUACAGCCCACACAGAAGCGAUAUUUUUCCUUCAACUUGGAUAACAUUGAUGAGGAACAAUCCAACAGACAAAAGAAGAGACAGAUGUCCAAAGCGAUGAGCGCGAUGAAAAAGCCAAGGGAAAUUAAAGACAAACGUUCUCCUUGGAAAACAAUCCAGGUUUUCACAAAGGCAGGAGACGACACAAAAACUGAAGAUGUAAAAAAUGUAUUGUCCAGCACUAAACCAGAAUACAGAAUGGAAAUCUUUUAUCCGUGUCCAAAGACUUGCUCAUUGGCAUUCAACCCCAAGUACACUGACGUCAUGAUCGAUGUCAACGAGGAGGGUAAGCAAGAGAUUAAAGCAGUGAAAAAUCCGGGAAGCAAAAAGCCCAGACGGCGUCACAGGAAAAGACUGACCACAUCUUCAUGGGCCAAGAUGGGAACAGAAGAAAUUGAAGAAGACCUUAACCAGAUGUGGGACGAGGUGUAUCAAGAAGAUUAUUCUCCCGUCGUUAGCUCUGAGGUCACAGCGGAGGAGAAGGCAGAAACUGAGACGGACCUGUUCGAAACACAUAAUUCAGAUCUCCGUUCUAAACACAACGGCAAUAACAAUGAAAAUCUCUGGUCUUCGUUGAUUGCCCACGCUGAAAAAGCAAGAGAGCUAUGUACACAGAGAACUGACAGCCCCCGGAAAAGGUCGGCUAGCAAACCAUCAGCAACGUCUUUGGACGAGGAGGAAUUGAAACCACACUUAAAGGCAUUGCCAGACGGUAAUGAAUUCAGGCCACCGUCAAUGUGGCCAACGCUCAGGAGACACUGGAGAAAAAAACCACAACAACCCACGAAACAAAAACCCGUUAAACAACAACCCGUGGAACAACAACCCGAGGAACAAACAGAAACGAAGAGAAUCCCCGAGUAUGUAGACUUGUUUUCUUUCAGAAUCAUCGCUUCUUCCAAAGAAACUUGCCCCGAAGAGCUCAAGAAUAAAUUCGGACAUCUGUAUGCAGAGGCUGAGUGCCAACCACGCACUUUUGUAAUAAAUGUAAGUGACGAUGUAAAAAACAUUUUCUGUUCUUCGCGAACUGAAAGGGAGAAUUCUGCUUUCAUUUCCUAUCUCGUCUUCACUUAUGAUGGUCACUACGACGAUGGACUCGACUCAUACAAGGUUGCUUUCAACUCAUAUGUUUGCAAAAGCACAGAGCACAUACAGAAAAGCAUACCCUUCCACACUUUCUCCAUUGAUGAUGUCAUUAAUCAAGUUUUUGAAAUUCUCUUGGACAUGAAAAGUGAAAAUCUGUUGGAAUUUGUGAGAACGCCAUUCAUAAGUGACAGUACAAAUGAUUUAUUUCGAUUCGUCUCCGACAAACUUCAGGUGAAAGUGGAAAGCUUCUACCCCAGCCAAGAGAUCAGCAAACUUCGUUUUACAGAACUGGAGCAGAACACAGACUUAUUCUCCAUGACCUUGAGUCAACUAGGGUCCUCUGGGGAAGACUACGACAUUUUCUGUCAGAUUUGUUACGAGAGUGUGACUCCAAGUCACGUGGACAGUCUCCCGGGUACUGCACUAACCAAAUGUGGUCACGUCUUCUGCAACGACUGUUGGAAAACUCACAUUCGAACGAGAAUGGCAGAUGGAGUUGUCAAAAUCAUGUGUCCCGGAUACGACUGUGACGUUACUGUAGGCCAAGUGACUCUCCUCUCUCUCGUUCACGUGUCAGAAGUUGCUCAGCUGCUACAGCGACAGAAAGAGGAUGAAGUGGAGACAUCGGAAGACUCCAAGUGGUGCCCCAACCCGACGUGUGGCCGUGUUAUCAAGAUGGAGGCCAAAGCCAUAACCCCUGAUAUGUCAUACGACGUCACAUGCGCUUGUGGACUCAGCGUCUGUUUUUCUUGCCUCGGUCCUGCCCACUGGCCUGCACAUUGUGAACAGGCUGGUGAGUACACAGGCAGAUUGUACGACAUAUCGCUCCCGAAAGAAGUGGAAGACGACCCUAAAGAAAAUGCAUCCCCUCCUGCUCAAUCCAAGCCAAAAGAAAAGCCUGAAGCGAUGCGUGUUGAAGGAAGACUGUGCCCAAGGUGCAGGAGGUUCAUCGAAAAGAACGGCGGCUGUCCACAUAUGUCUUGUAAAUGUGGGCAUCAGUUUUGCUGGACGUGUUUAGCACCGCUUAAUGGCCACAUUGUCUGUAAACCUGAUUAUGCUUACCUGUACGAAAUGACCAGGACAUUGCUUGUGAGGCAAGUGAAACCCAAGGCUUUGGCUCAACCGUUGGGAGUAACGCCAGAGGAACCAAGAAAGACCUGUGGUGGCAAGAGCCGAUUGUCCAUGUACCAGCGCGCGCUGCAGCAGAGGCUCGAGGGAAAUCGUCAUCAUUCGACAAAGGAGAUCAAAGCCCUGGCCCUUGCGAUUGCUACUGCAGCCUCCAAAGACGACGAAUUGAAGAGAGAGCUUGUGGUUCUGCCCGGUGUGGACCAGAACAGCAGCAUUGGUGACGCUGAAUCCGUCUCCUCCACCACCAACCACGUGACAAGGUUCCUCCAAUCGUGUGAAGCCAGCAAACGCGCGCUACAUCAUGUGGCCGAGUUCACCUUCGUGUUGCUCCACGACGUUCCCCAGUCUGUGGACAAGCGCCGGGUUCUGGCCUUGGCCAACGACAUCUCUGGCUAUUGCAGCUUUCUCCGCUCCAUCCUGGAGGGCGGUCAGCACCAGCAGCCUCGGACACUGGUCAAGCGAUUGCUGGACAUUCAGACGUGGGCCCGAAGAGCCGUGGGCGCCCUGCUGAAAACUGCGAACAAGCUCAAAGCCUCAUAACUUUGUUAUUUUAAGAGUUUGAAAGAAGAAAUACAAAUUGAAAUCCUCUAUUCCCGUCCCCACUCACACACAUUUAAUACACACCCUCUUGUAAUCUAAUACAUAUGUAUAGAUAAAACCUUGUGUUGACUAGGUUACAUGUUUCCCUUCCCCACCCCUUUCUCUCUGUCCAUCUCUCUCUCUCUCUCUCUCUCUCUCUCUCUCUCUCUCUCUCUCUCUCUCUCAUACACAUACCUAAACAACGGAUAAUAUAAUAAUUAUACAGAGAGACCUGCAGAUGCUGUGACAAAGUGAGCCCAUGAGUAGAUUGAUUAAUUGCUCUGUGAUACAGUCUCAUUGUCUUACGCUAGUACUCACUUCUUGUAACAAUAUUAGUUUUCAUCAGCAGCAAACACACACACGAAAGAGAACACUGACACCCAUUUAUUAAACUUUGUUGCUUUCGAACACUUAAAGUAGACAAUUAUACCAAAAUAUGAAAAUGUCAUGAACAUAUAUAUGUACAGUUUGUAUCAAUAUAAAGUUGAUAUAUCCGUUUACAAU